GGGCGAACACCAGCACAGUUUCCUCGUUUAGGGUUUGACAGCAGUGGCUUGUUGUUUUACAGCACAAAACAACAAGGAUGAAAAUUUCAAGCGACGAGCAGAAGCACUAAUCAUGGAGAAGACUGACAGCUGAAAGCCCCUUGGCCUCGUCACCUCUGUCUGCCGCUGUACGCUACCACUUUACCGUCGGACAACUCGAUUGUCGACUGAGCUGCAGAUGAAUGUCCCUGGAUUUGUUGUUGUUAGCUGCUAAUGCUAAACUCAGAAGUUGUGGGCUAGCUGGCCUAGCACAUGCUAAUUGGCAUAGCGACGAAAAGACAAUUAGACUAAUAGGUUUGGUUUACUCCGUGUCGAGUAAACUCUGCCUUGUUUGUUAGCUAAUGGAGUCAGCUAACGUCAGCUUCAGUUGUUUUAGAACUGCACCUUUGAGUAAACCUUUGAAGUGUCGUAGCAGUUAGGAACUUAGCUUAUCUGUUAGCCACCACUAUCCUUGAAAGAAUGAGCAGAAAACACCAUCAUAUAAAAGGGGCAGAAGUCAGCUGCUGUGUGAAAUAUUUCUUAUUUGGAUUCAACAUUCUAUUCUGGUUACUAGGAGCAACAUUCUUGGCCAUAGGAUUGUGGGCAUGGGCGGAGAAGGGCGUGCUGGCAAAUUUGUCGUCCAUCACAGAUCUAGGGGGUUUCGAUCCUGUGUGGCUCUUCAUCGUUGUGGGAGGCAUCAUGUUCAUCCUGGGCUUUGCUGGCUGUAUUGGAGCACUCAGAGAGAACACCUUCCUGCUUAAAUUUUUUUCUGUGUUCCUGGGUUUGAUCUUCUUCUUGGAGCUGACUGCCGGGAUCCUAGCCUUUGUUUUUAAGGACUGGAUCAAAGACCAGCUCAACUUUUUCAUCAACAAUAAUGUGAAGGCCUACCGUGAUGACAUAGACUUGCAGAAUCUCAUUGACUUUGCCCAGGAAUAUUGGUCAUGCUGUGGCGCUCACGGGCCUGAUGACUGGAACCUCAACAUCUACUUCAAUUGUACUGAGCUGAACCCCAGCAGGGAGCGCUGUGGAGUCCCAUUUUCCUGUUGUGUCAAAGACCCCGCGGAGGAUGUCAUUAACACGCAGUGCGGUUAUGAUGUUCGGCUUCAACUGGAGCUGGAUCGUCAGAAAUAUAUCUAUACCAAGGGCUGUGUGGGACAGUUUGAGAGGUGGCUUCAGGACAACCUGAUCAUUGUAGCUGGAAUAUUUGUUGGUAUUGCACUUUUACAGAUAUUUGGUAUCUGCCUGGCUCAAAACCUAGUGAGUGAUGUCAAAGCUGUCAAAGCCAACUGGUGACAGGAAAGGUGAAGUGAAGGGAAGCUGCUCUCUGGCUGACACCUGGUCAACACAGCACACCAAAACUCUCGCAAGGAAGAGGAGCUCGAGCCUUCAACCCUGCAGUCUCAUUUACUGAGCUAAGCAGCACAUAUACACUGUCACUUACAGAAGAAACUGACACAAAGCGUUUACUUCCCUGUUUAUCAGUGACACUUGAAUGAGGGGAGAGGAACAUAUGCCAUGCAAACCAAACUGUCAACACUUUAACCACUCAGCUGGGAUUUAAACCCAAAUAUACGGAGGAUGGCCAUGCGUACUUCAGAGUUAGAUUCUGUUAUUUUCCUCUGUCCUCUGAUUUUGCUCUACAGACCGUUUUAUUUAUGGGGCGGAGUUGCACAAGGACCUUUAAGGUUGAAAGCCAAUGAAAGCAAGAGACGGCAUAAUGAUGCAAAAGGGACAAGUCCCUCUUUUUUUAGGUCAAGUGUUCUCGUAAAAACAGCCAGUUUUUAACAUGGUUAAAUCUUGCUUCCUGCUGCAGAGGGUGGUGGGGGGCUAGCCGGUUAGCGGGCCAACAAACACAUGGCAUAUCGUUUUUUUGUUUUGUUUUUUUUUCAGCUUUCAUGACCACUGAAAACAUAUUACAACUUUAAAGCAUUUCAGGAGAUUUAAAUUCUAUCUAAAAGUUUAAAGAAAGUGCCAUUAAUUACCAGUGAUGCUUUGUGUCCUGCCUGUUCUUUAUGCGAUUCUCUGCCCUAAAAACCCGUCCACACAAUACCUCAGGGUCUGGCCGAAAAUGCAGCCAAUACUGGAAGUAUCUGAACAGUUGUUCUUUGGACUUGGAGCUUCAGGACAAUCAGUUUGAAAUAAAAACAUUUACAUAUGUUAAAGAGCAAAUUUGAAUUCAGCUUUAACUUUGGUUAGAUUCCAAUAGUUUUAUCAUUUAGAGGUUCAAAAGUCAUUGGAUGAACAUACAACAAAAUCCUCAUAUUUAUUUCUUGAUAAAAGUCCUCCACAGACAUCAUCCUUAUCAGUGUUUGCAUAGUGGGACUGAGCUCAGGUGAGUUACUCAGCCAGUCAAGGUUCACCUCUUCAUUCUGAAAAGCUUUUUGGUUGCGUCUGUCUUGUGUUGAAAGUCUUUGUUCUGCUGAAUAAUGAAAAUGCUUUUAGCUUGAUCUGAGCUCACAAUGCUCCCGUGCCUCCAUGCUCAACCUGUUGCCUCAGUGUUGUCAGCAGUGAAUUCAUCACUAAAUGCCAGUGUGCCACUUUCACUGGAGCCGUACUCGGCACAUACUCUACAUGUCCAAGCCAGCAGCAUGUUUGAUAGAUGGGCUUUUGAGCGUUGCCUCUUUCCGUCAUUUAGUUAGAUGUUGGAUUUCAUAGGUCCAAGGCUUUUUGGGUUUGUCUGUGUCUUUUUUUAACUGCAGAAUGACCUUUCUGUUUCUGUGGUUCCUGUCUCAUGCUGAAUCCUCUCAGGUUAUGGCCAUGAAGCUUUCUCUUUAUUAUUGACAGGGAAAUAUGUGGGUUUGGUACCAAUCUCUGUAAUUUUAAUGGUACAGACCAAAUGACAUUGGUCUACAUGAGUACAGAUUCACAUUGAUACAGAUGCAGGCUACAGUGAGUGCAUAGCAUAGUGGCUGCUUGUUUUCCCAUAUUACAAGUCUAUACAGUGGAAAUGACCUUUAAAACGCAUAAAUAUAAAUAAAAAGCUCAGCCAGUGUGAUGGAACUUGACCUAAAACUGAUUAUCAUUUCAAAAAGGGCUGUCCCCCCCUUUUGUGUUUGGUGUGUUCUGUGCUCAGUUGCCUGGCAGUGCAGGGAGAGACAAAAAAAACUUGUACAAUGCAGCAAGUUUCUAGAGAUUCAUCUCCUCUUCAACAGAAAACGUGCAGAAAACAUUCAUAGUUUAGCACAAUUAAAUUAUAAAUUUAGAUUACACUCCCGUCAGGGAAACAUCUGUCAUCUGAGCUGAUCUGACUGGAGCUGCUUUGCACACUCGCGCUUUUGUCAGAUGCCACCAGUAAGCCAAUCUCUCUGCUGUGCCAACAGCUGAACGAGGGAAAAAAACAUUAUAAAUUAAAUGUCAUCUAUCACUUAACGAUACGUGUGUUUUUCACCAACUUAAACUAUGUUCUUGCUAUUACACGUGAGGAAAGUUGUGUACCAGUACAGAUUCAAAUACGUUAAGUUCCUUUUCUGUUUACCAAUUUCUAUUGAACCUCCAAAUCUAGGUGCUAUAUGCUGAAAGGCCACUGACAAAUGAAGGUGCUGAAGCUCAGAGCCUGGAGAAUAAAAUGUGCUACUGUCCAAAUACUCAUGGUUUUGACUGUAUUAUGCUUUGUGCCACUGGUAAAAGCAUAUCUAUUUUUUUCAUCCAUGUCUGUUGGACUUAGUCCAACUUAAUGCAUAAGAACACUGACAGUUCCUCGAAGGUCACCCUGUUUGCCCUACAGUAACUGUAUUAUCAGUUGAUUUACUGAAGGAUAUUAGAUUGUAUGGAUGGCCUGGUGUGGUUAGGAUCGUAAGUCUAUGCUAAAGACAGUUUAUUGUUCAUCUCUGAGCAUCUCUCAGGCACGGUUGCCAGUUUGGGGCCUUUUUACUUGACUCAUGUUACCACACUUGUCUUAUACUUAUGUUUUGUUCUGUGCUUUAUGAAAAUAUAUAUACAUAUAUUUCUUUUUAAAAUGUCUUUUAUUCAUGCUUUAUCUCCUUUCCUUUCAUAGACAAAUAUAUAUAUAUAUAUAUA